AGUCUUCGGAGUGUCAUCAACUACAUGUAACAGGUCCUGUGUGGACUGUUACAGGACUCAUUUCCGAUUGUCCUCACUUCGAAUCAAGUCUACCAAUUUCAAGCCCACCUCAGCUAUGCCCUCCCUGACUUCUAUCGCUUCCGCAGCCUUUGCUUUGGCUCUGCUGUCCGUCUCGAACGCCCAACACGCAACUCAGCAGCAGCAGCAGACCCCCCACCAGUCAAGCAAAGGAGCUGAACCUGACAGCAGCAUGCUGCUCGCGGCGUUGAAUGAUGUGGACUCCUACAAGUCGUCCACGCUCAUUUGCCUCUACAAGGUCAACAUGCUGGAUGUCAAGAAGGACACCUACAACUACAGCGUCACCGGAUGCAAGGUGGACCCCGAAUUUGUGGGUCGUUGCCCCGACCUGACCUCGUUCCCUGGCUGUGGCAGCUACAACGUCGUCCUCACCUCGAAGUCGAAGAAACCCAAGGUGAUGUCGAUCAAGAAGGCGUCGAAGUAAGGUGCACUUGGCUCACACGCUUUCAAUGUUUGAGUAUGCCUCAAUUGUAGGCGUAGUAAAUGUAACGGGAAAUAUACGCAGAUUUCCAAGAAAUGUUUCAGUUUGAAAGCUUUAAAAGCUGUACCGAAU